UCUACAAAACAACCAAGAUGGCGAUGGGAGGAGUAGUUUUACAACUCGCUGCACUACUUCAGCUCCUUCUAGUGAUCUUGUGUGAUGGGCAGGUUAUGCUGCGAUACCGUCAAUGUACUUAUUUUGGUGCGGGUCGAACACCAAAGGAAGCCUACAGUCUGUCAAACUGCACUUGGUACAAAGAGCAAUCUUGCUGUCGACAUACAGAGGUGACAUCAGUCUUCAGCGCGAUGAUGCCAUUGGAAACUUCAAGCAAAAAGUGCCACAACCUCAUGAAUUACCUCAUGUGCUACUUUUGCAGCCCAGAGCAAGAAUUUUGGUACCGUUCAGACAGGCUUCACAUCUGUUCAUCUUAUUGCAAUGACAUCUACAAAGAGUGCAGUGAUGCCAAAUAUAGAGGAGAAACAAUUGGGAGCAAAUACAAAAAUGGCCAGGAAUUUUGUAAUGCUCAAUUAUUCAAAGUUGUCAAGAGCCGCUUUGAAAGAUGUUUUGAGUUUGAUGACACUUUAUUUGGUGCUGCUUCAUUUGUUUGUGUGGAGAGAUUCAUGGUAGCAGCUUCCGUUUUUUUGACUUUUGCAAUGAAUUUUUGGUGAAUCAGUUGGUAUUAUUUAAAGUCAUUCAGCAACAUUAUAUUGAAACAACCGCAAAGUCUUGUUAGCACAGCUUUGUUACAAACAAGUGGCAUAGUCCAAAGUUUUGUGGUCACAACAUGUAACAUAUAAUAUAUCCCAGACUUUUCAUUUGUAAWUUGGAUGAUAAGAAGAAAAGAAAUUCUUUUAAGAUCAAUUGAAUAUAAAUGUAACACCAUCACUCUAGUCUCCUUCAAGAUUCCUUGAAAGGUAUCCAUGACUUUGUAUAAAAGCAAUACAACCAUUAAGAAAAGCAAUUUUAAGCAUCUUUCAAAUCUACAGACAAUGAUUUACAGGUAUCAAUCAUUGCAUGCUAAAUGGAACUCAACUUGUCUUGCUUCAAAGCAAAGGCGCAGCUACCUUUAAAGGGACAUGUCAAUGGAUGACAUGCGUGAGUAAACUUGAAAACAYUAGGCUAGUGUUUUCAAGUUUACGACUCCAAGUUGGYRCGASGCAUGACAAAAAAAGUACUCGUAAACGUAAACAGAUCUAGAAUAUUCUAAAGUGUGUCAAAACAUUGAUUUACCUCAAAGGUAAUACUUUCAAAGUCCGUUAGAGGCAAAACUGUUACUGCGCAUGUCAUCCAUUGACAGUGUCCCUUURAGAUGACAAAGGGAACAAUGAAGACAAUUUUGCAAUUUUAGUUUUAUUUCCUAUAUUUUUAAUAUCCAAAUAUUAAUUUUUUUAUGUUGCCAUAAAAAACUCUGUAUACAAGUAUUUACUGGAGGUUUUAUAGUGUAAAUAUAUAUAUAUAUAAUAUAUCUAGAUGAUGUGUAUAUCUUAAGAGAUAAUUUUUUCAAAUCCAUUGUAUUAAUGAUUGUAAAUAAUAUCWGUUAAU